ACAUCAGCAUAGUGUCUAUAGGGGAGAGAGUGAGAAAGUGACAGAGACGGAGAGAUGGACGGUCCUCCGGCGAACGAUUGCUGUUCGGUGUGCCAUGGCAACUUCAACACUCCUUGUCAAGCCAAUUGCUCCCACUGGUUCUGCGGCAAUUGUAUUAUGCUUGUUUGGGAUCAUGGGUCAGCAAUUCAGCCAUGUAGAUGCCCCCUAUGUCGUCGUCAAAUUUCCUUGUUGGUUCCUGGAGAGGCUUCAUUAAGACGUCGUCAUGACCCUGAGGUUGCCGAGAUUCUAGGAAAGGUGGAAACAUACAAUCGCCUUUUUAGUGGGCAUACCAAUGGUCUCAUUCAGAGAAUGCAGGACCUUCCAUUUUAUCUCCGAAGGUUGUUACGAGAACUGAUGGAUCCUCGACGAUCUCUUCCUCUUGUUAUUAGAGCCCGUGUCUAUAUAGCAAUGAUACUAAGUGCUGUCUACAUUGUCAGCCCGGUUGACAUUAUUCCAGAAGGAAUAUUGGGAAUAGUUGGACUCUUGGAUGAUCUCCUUAUACUGCUUAUCUUCUUCCUGCACGUUUCUGCCAUUUAUCGGUCGGUACUCUAUGCCCAUCACGGAGGUUCAUGAGGUGUCCUGCAACAUGACAGAGAAGAAAGAGCAAGGGUAAACGUAAAGGAAAAGGUUAUACAUUCUCCGCAGAGAGCAGGAUUGUUGGUUUUUCUUUUUUCUCUUUUCCUUUUUUGCUUGCCUUCACUAAACCUAGACAGGUGUCCUUUCUUUUUCGCCCUUUCUAGCUUCUCUCUGGUUGAUACCGUUGCAAUGCAAUGGCAAAGCUUGCUUCAUCUCUCACACUAUUUGUAAUCAAACGUGGAUGUUUCUUUGUGCACGGGCAAAAAAUCAUUCUUUUAUGUGAGUUUGUAAUAAUGUUGUGUUCA